AUGGCCGUAGAUCCACAAUUGCGCCGGCUCAUGCUGCGUCGUACAGCUUUAAUAUCCGCGCUAGAUCGAGCAGGACAGUUUUUGGCUGCAUAUCAGGAAGACCGGGAUAGGCUCGAGGUGGCGUUACGUAUUGAAAAUCUUGACACCAUUUGGCGGGAGCUGGAUGACAUUCAGUCUGACUUGGAGUGCACCGAAGAGACGAACGAGGGUAUGUCGUUGAAUCAAGAAAUUCGUUCCAAAUAUGAAAGUGACUAUUUUAAAAUAAAGGCCGGCAUGCUCUCAAAGUUGCCUCCUACUAUUCCUUCUACCAGUAUUUCUCAUCCCUCUUCCCCUACGGUUUCCUCCAGUCUCAAGGGUCUAAAACUUCCAACAAUUUCUUUACCGGAGGUCGAUGGUGACUUUAAAGAAUGGUUAACAUUCCAUGACACGUACCUAGCGCUAAUCCAUUCUAAUCAGGACGUACCAGCAAUCCAAAAAUUCCACUAUCUUAAAUCCGCUUUUACCGGUGAGGCCGCACAGAUGAUUGAAUCAUUUACAAUUAGUGCUGCAAAUUAUCCUUUGGCUUGGCAAGCGUUAAUAUCCAGAUAUGCGAAUGAGUACCUCCUGAAAAAAAGACAUAUGCAGGCAUUGCUGGAAAUUCAGCGUGUGAAGAAGGAGACAACAGCCGCUCUUCACGGGAUCGUCGACAAUUUCGAGCGACAUACUAAAAUUUUACGACAGCUCGGAGAACCAGUGGACGCAUGGAGCACGAUGUUGGAGCAUUUGCUGUGUGUCCGUCUUCCUGAUGAUUCUCCCAAGGCGUGGGAGGAUCAUGCGUCUACAAUCGAAAAUCCAUCAUAUCAGGCCCUGAUUGAAUUCCUGCAUCGUCGAAUCCGUGUUUUGGAAUCCAUUUGCGUCAACCACGCUCAACCGUUACAGCAGUACGCUACAUCCUCACAUGUGUCGGCUCAUAAAUUAUCCAAUGUAAAAUCAUCAAACAAAUGUUAUGCUUGUGAGCAGCGUCAUCCGAACUGUCAGUCGAAAUACACCUGUCGAUUUUGCACGAAACGUCAUCAUUCGCAACUGCAUUCAGGUUUCGGAGAAAAUCCUGACCCGUCUAAUCGCAACUCAUCCAGCUUAGGUAAGCUAUCUUGUAUGACGACUAAUGUUAAUUUGGCAACGUCGUCGAAAUCUUCGUCAUCACCAAUCCUUUCUGCGGCCAUAUCCCUCCAAGCGGCUGAUAUCAAUUGUAGUUUACCCGUACAAAAGAUCCAGAAGAAUGUUUUUAUGCUGACGACGGUCGUUUCAGUCGUUGAUCGCUAUGGUCCAAAUCAUUUGGCGCGUGCUCUUCUAGAUUGUGCAUCCCAACCAAAUUUAGUUUCCGAGCGAAUGGCUCAGCUGCUGCGGUUAAAACGUACAAAGGCAAAUGUUUUGAUCCAAGGAAUCGGAGGACAGCCACAAAACGAAAAAGAAUUGGUGAACAUCAAGGUCCAUUCACGAGAGGAAGAGUUUUCGCUAGAUGUAGAAUUUUUGAUUCUUCCGAAGGUUACUCCUGAGAUUCCUGCACGAAAUGUCUCCAUUGAUCACUGGAAGCUUCCUCCGAAUAUUUUCCUCGCUGAUCCACAAUUCCAUAGCUGUGCACCGAUCGACAUGAUUCUCGGAAUUGAGCAUUUCUUCUCGUUCUUCAAAACGGCAAAAAGAAUCAACCUACACGAAUCUCGUUCUAUGCUGAUUGAUAGCGUCUUUGGAUGGCUAGUAUCCGGUUCGAACAGUAUCAUUACUCCAGCAGAACAAAAUCAUUUGUGA